AUGGCCUGGUACAGCCAAACCGUCGAUUUUCUCUCCGAUUCUUUGGCGAAUCAUCGCUCCCAGCUCCCUCUUGUUGCUGCAACAGGGGCAUCGCUAACGCUCGGCCUUGCGCUUCGCUCGUUUCUGUCGGACGACCACCCCGGCAGCACCGUCCUGCCGUCUCCUCGCGCGUCGGUCUUAGCGUCGAAGUCGCCUGAAAGGAACCGGGAGUUGCCCCUGCCCCCCGAUGUGCUCCCGGGAGCUCGAGAUGUGCCAACGCCCUAUGGCUCAGUGCGAGUGUACGAGUGGGGUCCCAUUGAUGGCCCGAAGGUUUUGUUUGUCCACGGAAUCACUACGCCCUGUAUUGCUCUUGGUGGGGUGGCCCAUGCUCUAGUCGACCGGGGCUGCCGAGUGAUGCUGUUUGAUUUGUUUGGAAGAGGCUAUUCCGAUUGCCCGUCUGAUAUUCCCCAAGACGACCGGCUUUUUGCGACUCAAAUUUUCUUGGCCCUCAGUUCAUCCCCAAUUUCUUGGACGGGAGCCGGCUCCGGCAAGUUUUGUCUCGCUGGCUACUCCCUUGGUGGAGGCAUUGCGGCUGCUUUUGCAUCUUUCUUCCCCCAGCUUCUGUCGUCUUUGGUGCUGCUUGCUCCUUCCGGCCUGCUUCGCGACUCUCAAAUCAGCUUUCAGUCGCGCCUUCUGUAUUCCCGCGGCCUUGUCCCCGAGCGCGUUUUGGGAUUCCUUGUCGGCCGCCGGCUUCGUGCCGGACCAUUGGUUACGCCCAAACCAAAACAGGACAAAAAGCUUACAGCUGCUGAUGCGCUCACGGAGGAGCUUCCAUCCCAAGGUGGGGAGGAGGUCCAGUUGCUGUCCAGAGCCUACCCUCACGUGAACGUUCCUGCGGCCGUACAGUGGCAAGUGAACCAGCAUUCUGGCUUUGUCCAUGCUUUUAUGUCUAGCAUGCGCUUCGGGCCCAUCCUACAGCAACGCCAGAUAGGAUCGUGGCAGCGCCUGGGCCGAUAUCUGAGUAGCCAGAGAGAGCUUCCGCCCCAAGAUCAGUCCAGCAACGGUCUUUCGACCAACAAAGUCCUGAUCAUGUGUGGAGAACAUGAUUCUAUCAUCGUUAAGGACGAGCUCAUACCGGAUGCUACCUCGGCGCUACAGGGAAAUGUGGAGUUCCAGUGCUUCAACGCCGGCCACGAGUUCCCGAGUACGAAAUAUGAGGAGGUAGCACAGAGUAUUUGGGAGUUAUUGCAUUGA